AUGCGCACGGGUGCCCUUUACCACCAGGCGCUGGAUGACUGUGGCUGUCUGCCUUGGGUGGCAGCGUGUCUGCCCGCCCGCUUCUCUCGCUUCCCGCUGCUGCCGAGCAUCGGCAACGCUUUCCCUCCGGGACGCAAAGCGCAGACAGACAUGGCCAAGCAGUUCGGGGCCAUCCAGGUGGGCACCUAUUUGGAGAUCAAGCGGAGCGACGGGCGCGUCCACCCGGCCCUGGUGACGGCGCUGCACGAGGAUACCAGCAGCGUGACCGUGGAAUGGAUCGAGAAAGGCGCGAACAAGGGCAAGAAGGUGGAGCUGAGCGUCGCCUUCUCGCUCAACCCGCAGCUGGCCCCGACUGGGCUCCGAGCGGAGGCGCUCUCGGCGCCCACGCCGUCGGAUCAGGGGGAUCACUCCAGCCCGCCCUCUAACUAUGUGGUCACGCCCAUCACGAAGGAGAAGCCGGGCGGGGACAGCCCGGACCGCGAGUUCAAGCGGUCUCCGUCGGCGGGGACGGCGGGCAAGCCCAGCCCCAGCCCGGCGCACAAGUCGCCCUGCGUCCUGGAGGUGGAGCGGCUGCGCGAGCGGCGCGAGAAGCGCCACCUCGAGCUGCUGGAGAGGCGAGCCCGGCGCGAGGCCAGCGACGCGCACCCGCACGCCGACGCCAUAGCCAUGAUCGCGCAGUACCGCGCCGCCUUGGAGCGCGGCGGCUCGGCCCUCCUGACCCACACCUGCCUUCUGGAGCCCAGCCGCAGCGGCGUCCGCAAAAUCUGCGUGUGCGUCCGCAAGCGGCCGCUCAACCAGCGCGAGGCGGAGCUCAAGGACUUCGACGUGGUGACCAUCCCUUGCUCCGACGUGGUGAUGGUGCACGAAGCCAAGCAGAAGUUGGACCUCACCCGCUACAUGGAGAACCAGACGUUCCGCUUCGACCACGCCUUCGACGACCAGGCCACCAACGAGAGUGUCUACAAGCACACGGCUCAGCCUCUGGUGGAGACAGUUUUCAGGGGCGGUAUGGCCACGUGCUUUGCUUAUGGGCAGACGGGCAGCGGCAAGACCCACACGAUGGGGGGAGACUUUUCUGGCAAGAAGCAGGACUCUUCCAAGGGCAUCUAUGCCAUGGCUGCCCAGGACAUCUUCAGCCUGCUUCAGGACCCCACCUACAAAAUGCUGGAGCUCCAGGUCUUUGGGGCUUUCUUUGAGAUCUACUGGGGAAAGGUCUACGACCUGCUGAACUGGAAAAAGCGGCUACGGGUGCUGGAGGACAGCAACCAGCAGGUUCAGGUGGUCGGGCUGCUGGAGCAGGAGGUGAUUUGCGUGGACGAUGUCAUGAAACUCAUUGAGAUCGGCAAUCGGUGCCGGACGUCAGGCCAGACCUCGGCCAAUUCUCAUUCCUCGCGGAGCCACGCGGUCUUCCAGAUCAUCCUCAAGAGAAGAGGCAGGCUGCAUGGCAAGUUCUCCUUGAUUGACUUGGCUGGCAACGAGCGGGGGGCCGACACCUCCAAUGCAGACCGCCAAACCAGGUUGGAGGGCGCGGAGAUCAACAAGAGCCUCUUGGCACUCAAGGAAUGCAUCAGAGCCUUAGGGCGCCAGAAAGGCCAUACACCCUUCCGAGCCAGUAAGCUCACCCAGGUGCUGAGGGACUCUUUUAUCGGAGAAAACUCCUGCACCUGCAUGAUUGCCACCAUCUCACCAGGAAUGAGGUCGUGCGAGCACACCCUCAACACGCUGAGGUACGCCAACCGGGUGAAAGAACUGGCAGUGGACCCAAGUGCCUUUAAGCAAUUCCAGCCGCCCUUGCCCAGAUCCAUUUUCCAGUUGGAUGACUUGACCAGGCCGUGGGCCAUCCAAAGCUUGCCCGAGACAGACGAGUUCAAAGUGUUCUGUGUCCAGAAAGAGGAUCAAGUUCCCCCACCGCCGGCUCUCAGUUUCAUGGCCGGAGGGAAAGGUCAGAAGAAGAGGAAAGAGAUGGAUGAGAAAGCUCUGGUGGAAGAGCAUCAGGAAUCUCUCAGGUGGCUGAAGGCUUUCCUGAAAAUGGCAGAAGACGUCGACUACGACAUGGAGUUUUAUGCCUCGCAGUUCGAAGCUGUCCUAGCGCAAAAGAUUGCCAUUCUGUCAGAGAUCCAGGAUAAAGUGAAAUCUUUCCGUACAAGCCUCUGUAAGGAAGAACUGGGCCGCAAUCCCAUCAUGGUGAAGCGAUCCCGUGUUCUGUGA